AUGUUGGCCCCUGGAACUCGUAAGAUUGCUGCCAUGUUACAGUCGCAGGCUUCUCCUACCAACUCAGGUGCCAGCCAGAGCACCCCUGGUCCCCACCACUCCUACACCCCCACGACCACCAGCCUGGCUCUCGUAUUGCCAUUCUUCUCCCCACAGCCCUCAGCAGCACUGCCCCUGUCUCCCUCCCCAUCAGCCAUAUCUUUGUCACUGUCACCUUCCCUGUCACCACCACCACCACCACCAUCCCUGGUCCUGGCCCCGGUUUCCUCCCUCACCACCAGAGCCAGAAGUCCUCCUCCGCGCUUGGAGUCUGCGCCAGUGCCUUCGACCCCAGAUUCUCCCCUCACACCUGCCCUGCUACCCGCGACAGUUCCACAGCCAGCCACGCCUCAAGGGACAGUUCGGCCUGGGUGGAGAGUUUCUGCCAGCCCAGCCCCCAGGACCACCCUCUCCGUCCCAUCUUCCUCCAGUCUUCCCUCCGCUGCCCCUAGCGCUGGCUCCCCCAGGGUCCCUGCAGGUGCUGACCCCACCCAGCCUUACGACUUGCCUCACCCUGGCCAGGCUGUCUCUUUGCAGGACUCAACAUCCUCGGCCCCAGAACCCAGUUACCUAACCCACUACGUGACCUUCAAGAUCUCCAGUGAAGUCCUCUCGGCUUCACAGUGGAACCCUGUGGCCCUGGAGCAUCAGCUGCUGAAUGAGCACGUCCGCCACGAGCUGCAGUUCAUCUACCGCAGGGCCUUCCCCAACUUCCAGGGCACCCGUAUCCUGGAGUUCAGGCCUGGCUCUGGAGCUGUAAAGGCCUCCCUUGUGUUCGGGGGCUGGGCUGUGGGCCCCUCUGCCCGGGAAGUCCUCUGGAUUUUGUACCGCCAAGUGAAGGCCUCCAGGGGCAUGCUGGGGCACCUGUUCCUGGAUGAGAGCAGCCUCGCUGCUUCCGGGUCCCCCCUCACCGACUUAGCUCUGGAGACCAUCUGCAUCAGUUUCACGGCCAUGAGGCCCUUCCUGCCCGAGCUCGUCCUGCCUGGUUCUGCUCCCUUUGUCCUGCUGGAAGACCAGAUCCUCCACCUGGUCACCCCUGUGGUGUCGAGAUUCUACAAGGAGCAUCCCCAGGAAGGCCCCCUGCUCCUUUUCAGUAACGAAGACCAAUGGGUGAGAGUGUCCAUGGAGUACAAGUUCCAGAACUUUAUCCCCACCCACCUUAGAGGCCUGGCCAAUCACCUGGCUCACAGCAUCAUGGAUCCCAUCCUCCAGAAAUCCAGCAUUGUGGCCAAUGGGGAGAAGGCAGAGCUGGUGCUGUAUGAGAUGUGGCUGCAGAUCCUAGGCCAACCCUUCACCAAGGCCUUGAAGGACAAAACCAGCCCUGAGGCCCAGAAGCUUCGGCAGCAGCUAACGAGAUGGCUGACCAGGGGGCUCAGGUCUCUGCAGAACUUUGGCCAAGUGGUGGUGGAGGAGUUCCAGCCAGAACCACUGACUGCCAAAGUAGGUGCCAUCUUCUUUGGGGCCACACCAGCCCAGACCCUCAUUCAGGACAGCGUGCAUCAGGCCCUGUACAUCCUGCAGAAAGAUGAGGGCCUCCGGGUAGAGAUGGUCACCCUAGCCCUCGGCACCCGCAGCUCCGGAGCCUCCCGUCAGCCUGGCACCCCCAGCUCCGCACUCCUCAUCCUGAACCUCCUGCUUGUCACACUCAUCCUUUUCCUGCCCCAGGUGUUGAAGUAG